CUAUGGGCUAUGCUGGGAGCAAAUCCAGGGGGUAUGCAGAGACAGAGGGUGGGAAAGCUGAUUGUCUGUGGUCUCGGGGGUUCCUGCAUUUUCCUAGCGUGUUUGAAUUAAUUCGUGCUGCAAAGUAGAGGUUAGCCAUUGACCUUCUCUAUGUGUCCAUGUUAAUGAGAGGAAAGGAAGGGGAUACAGCAGCUGAGCAGGAAUGGAGGAAAGGCAGAUUAGGUAUCCGAGACAGCAGAUGCAGUAGUGACUGCUGAAGACUUCAUAUGCCAGUUACCACUGAAAUGUAAGUAACAAGUCAGAAUUAACGGUCAUAAAUAAAACAGAAGAACCCUGUAUGUUCUGUCCCCCUGCAGGGAUUUACUGAGACCCUGUUGGCUCUGGAUGUUACAUUGGAUGGUCCUUUGGUGAGCUCCAGUCCGGGUUUUGCAACAGUCACAAUAUUUUGGCUGGAUAUUGUCUUAGGAGGUGGUACUAGUCGGGUGGAAUUCCCUCAUGCUGGAGUUUGCACUGGAUGCUUUUACAAAGCUGGAUACUCUGGUAAUGAUAAUAAUUUAAAAAAAACAACAACCCACAACCAUACUCCUAGAAUGGGGAUGGAGUCUGCGGCCUUGUGGGCAGGCGUUAUUAAUGUGCCAAUUGCUCUGAUAUGAUCACAUACACAGGGAGCAGUGUGGGCUGAUGGAGUAUAAACUAGCCUGGACAAUCUUUACGAGCUUGAAAUCCUGCACAUCCCAGAAGGGUUUGUUUCUCUCUGCAGAGUUUGUGAGGCUGCUCGAAAUCUGCUUCAACCAACCAGCCAAACAACCCCCUGAAGCCCCAUUGCACCAGACUUCCCCGUGAGCUCCCAGGGACUUCUUUUUUUUUUUUUUUUUGGACAGAAACUCGCGUGUAACUUUCCCUGGAGGAACAGAGGAUUUUUGUGAUUGUUCUUGUGGUAUUUUAAAACUGAGAAACUAAGUAGAGUCUCUUCAGCAGUCAUGAGUGACUGACAGCUCAGAGUUUGUGUGGGUGUGUGUUUGGAAGCUACAAGCAGCUAACGCUCACGGCGUGGGAGCCCCCAGAUGGGACUAGAUCCACGCUCCUGUGCUCCUUAUGGGUUUGAAGGUAGACUCAUGUUACCUACUACCUAAGUUUUCUGUGGCUGAUAUUAUGGUGUGCGGAUAUGGUCCCGUACCAGGCAUCGUGUACAGACUUUCAGUUCUGAUCCAGCCCAAGACACAGUAGCAGGAGCAAACCCAGACACCACGCUGUGGAACGGACUCUCGAUCACCCUGCAGUCUAGGCACUGGGAAGUUACUAUGCAGCUUGGACUGUUUCUGGUGGUGGUUUUUCUAAGCUUGAUGGAUCUGACAGGCAGCAGCAAGGUGGUGAAGGGCAAGAGGCAAAGACGAAUCAGUACCGAGGUGAGCCAGGGCUGCGCGAAAGGCUGUGACCUGUGCUCUGAGUUCAACGGGUGCCUGAAAUGUUCCCCCAAACUCUUCAUACUGCUGGAGAGGAACGACAUCCGACAGAUCGGGAUCUGCCUGCCAUCCUGUCCGCUGGGGUACUUCGGCGUUCGCAAUCCAGACAUGAACAAAUGCAUCAAAUGCAAAAUUGAGAACUGUGAGGCCUGUUUCAGCCGAAACUUUUGCACCAAAUGUAAGGAAGGUUUGUACUUGCACAAAGGGAGAUGUUAUUCCACCUGCCCAGACGGCUACUCUGCGGCCAAUGGCACCAUGGAGUGCAGCAGUCCUGCACAAUGUGAACUGAGCGAGUGGGGCCCUUGGGGCCCGUGCGCCAAGAAAAGGAAGCUGUGUGGCUUCAAGAAAGGCAACGAAGAGCGAUCGCGGAAGGUUCUGCAGGCUCCCUCUGGAGAUGUGUCUGUGUGUCCUGCCACCACGGAGCUCCGGAAAUGCACAGUGCAGAAGAACCAGUGCCCUGAAGGAAAAAGGAAGAGAAAGGAAGAGCAAGAUAACACGAAUGGAAACAGAAACCGGAAAGACACCAAAGAUGCUAAAUCUGGCACCAAGAAAAGGAAGGGCCAACAGAGAGGGACUGUGGUCCCCAUGACUCCAGCUAGCCCUGCUCAAUAGCUGCCCCUUUACAGUCACAUGAUGGCAAGAGUUCAUUGCUGCUAUGUAUAUGAAAGCUUUAUUGAACCAGAGCACUGCUACACAACAGACACAAUCAGAAAGAUAGACAGACAGACACAGAAACUACACACACACACACACACAAAGACUGACAGAGACCACACACAUACGCAACAUAGACUGCAAAGAGCAAACUUCUAAGAAGAGGAGUAAGAAAAUAUAAGAGAUGAAGCUUAAAUGCCAAGGACUUUACAAUGGGAAGCUGGGGAGAAAGUGUGAACCAGAGUAGAGGGCAGUGAUGCAAAUAUUCCUGAUUAAAUGUCUCAAAUAGAAGCCAGCCAUGUAAACCCCAGCAUAACGCAGCUUCAGCCAGAGACUAGAACUGAUUUGCUACUAUUCCAAAUCAAAGGAUCUGGAAUCGUGCAAAGGCAGUGGCCUGUUUCUAUUCCCCCUUCCUUUAUUUUGUGUUUUAAGCUGUAAGAGAAUAUAUGUUAAACCUUUGUGAGAAGGGGUCAGAGAUGUCUGCCCUGAAAUGGCUUCAAAAAUUUAUUUCAAAUUAAAAAAAAAAUCCAACAAAAUGACAACCAAAUUUCUGAGCGUAUGGUUCAUGGCUCAGCCCCCGCAGAAGCUGGUGGCCCGUGGGGCAGGGCCUUGCUUGCAGAAGGAAAACUCAUAAAAGCUUUAAGAAAAUCUCAGAAAAUGUUGCCAGCUGCAUCCUAGCCACAAAUCAGUCGUCAUUCACUUGCACAAUCCCCAUCUGUGUUCAAUAAGCCCCGUCGGGAAUUUCCCAUCAUGCAGCAAGUUGAGAAAAUUAGAGGUUACAGCAAACCACAGGCUGUUUGAUAUUGCGAUUCUGACAACAGUCGCAGCUGAAAGGAUUCUGUGCUGGACUGAGGAAGGUGCUGGUGCCUUUGUGCAGACUCCUCCCUAACCUAAUGGAGAAAAGCCGUGCGGUCCCGUCUCUGCAGGGGGCAAAAUGUGCAGAACCUUUACAUCCAUUAGAAAACCAUUCAUCGGCAUGUCGCCAGUUGGACUGGCUUAGAAUUAGCACCAGCACUCUCUAGGUCUCCCCACUUCUCAGCAAAGAUUUAAUCUCCCGGGUGAAAUUCACCACUGUGCAACACGGGGCCUGUGGCCACAGGGCUUCCAGGAGACUGAAGCAGUGCGCACACACUUUGUGCAGCCCCUGUGCACAGGGUGGAUUUUACCCAAAGCACUGUAGUGAGGCUGCAUAGUAUUCAGACUUAUCCAGUGGUGCAAGGAGGGAGGUCCGAUCCGGUACGCCAUACCAGUGAGCUAUUUAUAGCUGGUCUGCUGUACCAGUGAGCUAUUUAUAGCCAGUAGGCCGUACCAGUGAGCUAUUUCUAGCCGGUCCGCCGUACUGGGAAGACACGGGAGGAGCAGAACGGCGGCCCCACAGCCCUUCCACGCAGCUGUGACUAGCAUCUCCUGUCUGGGGUCUGUAGGCAGCCCCGCUGGAGGACAGGGCUGGGGGCGGUAGAGCAACACUGGAAGAGCUGCUGUCGUGGGGCUGCCCCAUGUUCUGCUCCUUUCGCCCCUGUGGUUCCAGAGAGGCCUGCGGUUCAGAAGUCUCUGGCGCAGCAGGAGGAGACAGAGCUCCCCCCAGGUAAUGUGGGAUGGAUCAUGGGGAGCGGAAGGAGAGAGUGUGGGGCCCCAGGCUGGGGGCGGGAUGGGUUCAUGUGAGGAGUCACGUGGGGGGGUCAUGUGGGGAGGCCACGUGACCCCCCCCCCAGCUGGUGCAGCAUACCGGUAAGAAAUGAAUUCUACUUGCCCCACUGGUCUUAUCUUUCAAAGUGUGCAUCCCUUGGUGUAGAUAUUUGCAGACCCUUCUUCAUCCCUUUAAGAUCCAGCCGAAAUCACUGCUCCCGAGGGAUGGGCCCAGGCGAGCUGCCCUGCCCCAUAGGGCAGUAUCCUGGGCAAGCUGCCCACCCUCCUGGGGGUGUCAGGGGCAAGCUGCCCUGCCCCCAGGGGGGAUCAGGGUGAGCUGACCUGCCCCCCAGCUGAUCCCUAGCACUCAGCAGGUUUUGGUUUACCAUUAUUAUUACACCUCUUUUGUUCCUGCUCUGCUUCCUGGCUGUCGCAGAGUGCGAAAGCAACCACUGCUUCUCAGAAGUACAUGCGCUGGGGGAGAGCUGCCCCCAACACGUAAUGUGCUGACACCUUCCGAGGUCACACAUGGCCACCUGAUGUGGCUGGCUGCAUCACCUCACACACCCGUCCUGCCGGCUAGCUGGGAAGAGUGCUCGUUGUAUUUCGGAAACACAAGUCCAUGCAGCUGCAAUUCUAGGAAAAGCUACUGGAAUUCUCUUUUUGGCCCACCUGCCCUAGUGCAGUUUUGGCGGGGUUCAGAACGUGGGAGCCGCAUAGUUGUCCCAGUUCCAGAGCUGCACGAAGCUCUCCGUGCCUGCCGUGCUGACAGCAAGGCCUUUGGGCCCAUCAUCCACUCUGUAUUUAAGUAAACAAGCGGCCGUUAUAUCUUUUAGAGGGGAUUCCAUUUCAGCACAAUGAUAAAUGAGCAGCAUACCAGGCAGAGAGUGCGAGAGGUUCUCAAAACUCGUCUUUUCGAUUGUUUAUAGAUCAUGUUUAGAUGAAUCCUGGAGGAGACCUCCCCAGUUGAAAGGCUGGAUCUUGCUUUAUUUUCUGUUGUCAGCGAGCGGUGAGAGGAGUAGUCUGUUUGUACUGUGGCUUUGUACCUAACAUGGACCUUUUCCCCUCCAGCUGUUCAGCAGCAAUAUCCGGUAACCCUUUUGGGAGUCUCACUUCACUAAUUUCCAGCACCAUCCCCAGGGCCCCAGCCCGCUCCUCAGCAAAGAUUGAAGAGCAGAGAGCGAGGGCAUUAACAAUUAACGAUAAUUAUAUUCCUGACUGCUACCAUUCAGGGUUCCCUACAGUACAGAAUAUCCAGUAUUAGCCUCCAUAUUUAAAAACUAAACUGCACAUCAAGAUAAAUCAACCAGGCACAUGUGGUGCUGCAGGGUCUUUGAUUUGCUGUUGUUGUCAUGUUGGUUUGGCAGUUACUUGUUAUUUCAGAGGAGGAGAACAAGGCCUACGCAACACUUCAGUUCCACCCCAGCCCUAUUUUGACAUCUUAAGUGGUGCAUAGCCCUUGUGUUAACCCUGUCCCAGGGGGGAUUUUCACUCCAAAUUUGUUAACUUGCAGUGGGGCCCCCAGUCAUUAGCGAGGGCUGUUGGCAAAGGUUUCCAAUCCUCUCUGCUGGGUUGUUUUGGAAUGGCUGCUUUUCCUGUCAGAGCAAUACAUCCAGUACAGGUGUCUGACACUCAGAACUUUCCUCACAAAUGUCACUCAGAUCUUUCUGUUUCACAGUUAGUGCCGGGAGGCUUCACCCAUUAGUGCCAGGUGUGUCCAGGGAGCAUCACCACCCGGGGUUUGGUUUGGAUCCACGUACAGCUAGUCGAAAUUCUUCAAUGGCCUUUUUUUUUUAAACUGAAAAUUUUGCAAAAGAAUUUCAUUUUGUGAAAUUUGAGGGGUUUUUUUUAGUUUUUUUCCCCUCUCUGCCUGUUUCAGCAGCAAGAUGGAAAAACACAAAACAAAAACAUUUAGUUUUGAAAUUUUUCAGUAAAAAAUUGUGAUUUUUUUUUAAAUCCAUUCUUUUAGAAAACUUUGACAGGAAUUUUUUUUUCUAAAAUUUUUGAAAAUGUUCAUGAUUUUUCCCCGUGUGUUUUGCUUGUUCAUUGACACCCCCAGAUAGCUGGUUUGUGUUUGGGGAUUUAAAAGCAUUUUCCCUUUAGCCAAUAUGUUUCCAAGAAGAGGGGCCUGGGUUCAAACAUCUGGGGAAUGCUUGGGGGUGCGACUGCUCCCAGUUUUGGAAUUUUUUAAGAGGGCUUCAUUCAUCUCAGUUCAGUUACACGUUAAUGCUUUCUCAGUGGUGCUGGAACCAUUUGUAUAGUGGGGAUGCUGAGAGCCAUUGAACCAAACUGUAAACCCUGGAUAUAAUGGAAACCACUUCAAGCCGGGGGUGCUGCAGCCCCCGCCCCCCCCCCCCCCCCCGCAACACUCCUAGUUCCACCACCUAUGUGCUUUCUUUCCCUUUACAAUACAAAAUCUGCUGUGAUGUUCUCCUCAUGGCAUCACCAUAAAACAUGCUUCUUAGCAGGCUGUGGUGCUGAUCAUUUUUGUUCAUGUAUCGUUCACAAAAAUCAGGGUGUCUCUCAAACAAGUGGUUUAAAAAUAUUUACAGGAAGGACAAAACAUCUCUUAUGAAGCAGUUUAUUCUCCACAAUUCCAGGCAGAUUAAUGCUUCAGGUAUCUGUAUGGCUACCUGUAAGGCAACACUAUUACCUCUGGCGUCUAAAGCUGUCCCACACCUCCACCCAAUCUUUAAUGGAAUUGGAGGAGUGUUCUGUGCUAUUCUGAUAGAUUAGAUAAGAUAGAGGGGGUGGAUGGGGAUAGAUAGAUAGAUAGAUAGAAUCAUGGACAUUGUUGGAAGCUCCUUUGGACAGAGAUGUCUUUGUUUAAAUUAGUGACACAAAAACAUUUUUACUCACGUGUCAAGUCAAUGGCAGAUUUCUUUUCAAAAUCUGCCUGCAUAGCUUCCAGAUAUUUUGCUUAGCAUUUGGGUAAUUUUUCCCAGUUCUGAUGGAACUAGAGCAAAGGAGAAGGAACAAAAUAUCACCACCCUACAACCCUCAGUUUAGAAAUUGUUUAAUUUCUAGCUCAUUUGCUGAGUUUUAGGCGCCGAGACAGACCCAUCUCACCAAACACAGACUGGUUGUAAGUAUUAUGCUUUCACCCUCCAUGUUUAAUAUAAAUCCAGAUUUUCACCUGCCAUGGUUAGGUUUAAAAUGUGCACACACAGAAUCCUCAAAUAAUAAUUUACUAACCUUCUACUGCGGUAGAAGUGGAGGGAAUGUAUACAUGUUUUAGUUCAUGUUUACAUUGAAAUGAUUUUUCACUCAGAAGAAGUCCAGGCUUUGAUUAAAGGAAGGAUAUUCAGAUGGUGGCCUCGGUGCUCUUUGAUGCCAUUAUCUGGGUUACAUUGCUGAAGGAUUGCUGAGAGGAGAUUCAGCACCUAUUGACAGAUUUUAAGUAAAUCAGUGGACCUCACAGAAAGGGAUGGUAACGCUGAACCGUUUUGGUUUUUUUUAAAUCUCCAUUUAAAUGACAGAAAUCCCAACUUUAUACAACCAGUCAUCCCAAAUAAAUCAUUCUGAUGGUAUUUAUAUACAGGAUAAUAUCGUGUACCCACCUGAAUACCCCACUACAGGUCAGGCAGAGCAGCCUGCCAGCACCCCCCGGUAUCUGAAGAGCAGCAGAGCCCUGCUGAGAACAACAGCAGUCUGGGGGUUGUAGGUAGAUUAUAUAGUAUUAUUUACAACCAGUGCAAAGCAGCUUGGCUAGAUUCUUGCGUGCCACCCAUCUUGCACAUGAACCAAUUGUAUGCAAAAGUCCCAGGACGCGGGCUGCUGGAAGAUAAAAUGCAGCACAUGAUAUGCACCGCUUUCUGGAGAAUAAAUCACAUUUUGUGCCGAAUAAAUUCAGAUCACAAAA